AUGCGCGAGCGUGCAUAUUUACGGACAUGCAUGCAUGCACAGCAGAGACCCAAAGACCAGCUAGCUGGUGGGAGACGAGACAUCCCAACACUGGCAUCACGGCAAGAGGUCCGGGGGCAGAUGAUAUUGCAGAAGUCCUCAUCUUCCUGUAUUGUUGCUAGUGAAGUAUCAUGCAUACAAAGUAUUUUAGCCAAAAAGGAGGAGGAGGAUGAAGAAGAAGAAGGAUGUGGAAGCUUUCUUACUCAUAACUACAUCAUUUAUAAUGAGAGGAUGUUAGAGGCUGGGGCCACAUAUAUCUUUGGGAAAAGUGGAGGCCUCAUCCUGUAUACUUGGCCAGCAAAUGAUAGACCCAGCACAAGGACAGACCGCUUAGCUGUUGGGUUCAGCACAACAGUCAAAGAUGGCAUCUUGGUACGGAUUGACAGCGCCCCUGGCCUUACUGACUUUUUACAACUUCAUAUAGAACAAGGCAAAAUUGGUGUAGUCUUCAAUAUUGGCACAGUUGAUAUCUCUAUCAAAGAAGAGAGCACUCCUGUGAAUGAUGGCAAAUACCAUGUUGUGCGUUUUACACGAAACGGUGGUAAUGCAACACUACAGGUAGAUGGAUGGCCAGUAAAUGAACAUUACCCUUCAGGAAACACUGAUACUGCGUUCCAAUUGGUAAAACAGAAAAUCCCCUUCAAAUAUAACCGACCCGUAGAGGAAUGGCUGCAGGAAAAAGGACGACAGUUAACCAUCUUCAACACCCAGGCUCAAAUAGCCAUUGGAGGAAAAGAUAGAGGGCGUCUCUUCCAAGGUCAGCUUUCCGGUCUCUAUUACAAUGGCUUGAAAGUAUUGAAUAUGGCAGCAGAAAACAACCCCAACAUCAAAAUCAAUGGAAGUGUUCGGCUGGUUGGUGAAGUGCCAUCUAUUCUGGGGACAGCUCCCACAACCUCUAUGCCACCAGAGAUGUCCACCACCGUCAUGGAAACUACCACUACUAUGGCCACUACUACAACACGAAAAAAUCGGUCCACACCUACUAUUCAGACAACAGAUGACCUUGUUUCUUCAGCAGAAUGUUCUAACGAUGAUGAAGAUUUCAUUGAAUGCGAGCAGAGUGUAGGAGGUGAAUUAGUUAUCCCACUUCUUGUAGAAGACCCUUUAGAUAUCCCUCCUAUUACUACUCGUGCACCUUUCAUUACACUCCCCACUACCUUCCGUCCCCUCCUCACCAUUAUUGAGACCACCAAAGAUUCCCUGUCCAUGACCUCUGAGGCGGGGUUACCUUGCUUGUCGGACCAAGGCAGCGAUGGUUGUGAUGAUGAUGGCUUGGUGAUAUCUGGGUAUGGCUCAGGGGAAACUUUUGACUCUAACCUACCCCCUACUGAUGAUGAAGAUUUUUACACCACCUUCUCCUUGGUAACAGAUAAAAGUCUUUCCACUUCAAUCUUCGAAGGUGGCUACAAAGCACACGCACCCAAGUGGGAAGCCAAGGACUUUAGACCUAACAAAGUCUCCGAAACUGGUAGGACUACUAUCACAGCUUUGUCCCCUGAGCUGAUCCGCUCCACAGCUUCGUCCUCGACUGGGAUGGUGCCCAAAUUGCCAGCUGGCAACAUGAAUAACCGUGACCUCAAACCCCAGCCUGAUAUAGUCUUGCUUCCGUUGCCCACUGCCUAUGAGCUAGACAGCACAAAACUGAAGAGCCCGCUAAUAACUUCCCCCAUGUUCCGUAAUGUGCCCACAGCAAACCCCACGGAGCCAGGAAUCAGACGGGUUCCGGGGGCCUCAGAGGUGGUCCGUGAGUCGAGCAGCACAACGGGAAUGGUCGUCGGCAUUGUAGCUGCUGCUGCCCUCUGCAUCCUGAUCCUCCUGUAUGCCAUGUACAAGUACAGGAACAGGGACGAAGGGUCCUAUCAGGUGGAUGAGACGCGUAACUACAUCAGCAACUCAGCCCAGAGCAAUGGCACGCUCAUGAAGGAGAAGCAGCAGAGUUCAAAGAGCGGCCACAAGAAACAGAAAAACAAAGACAAAGAAUAUUAUGUGUAAAAACAAAACAAAAAAAAAUAAUAUUUAUAUAUAAAUAUAUAAAUAUUGAAUGAGCUAUAACUGAACCAAAACUGUUGCAGCCAACGAGAUUGGGAGAAACCGUCUGCGGUUUGAGACCAAUGUUGAGCAUAAACAUUUCAGUCGUUGACUGUUAAGUUUUCAAAUCACUGCUUGGAGUCCCCAAACUCUGCCCUCCUGUAUUAUAAAGCACAUAUAGUGUUCAGAAGAAGGCCUCCCCAGCAUAUCCAUGUUGGCAGACUUAAAAGCCUUCCGAGUUCCUCCUCAGCUGAACUGUUCUGCAAGGGCAGAAAACUUCACGGCUUACUUGUUUCGUAUCUCCAAGUGAGUCUUUAAUGAUGUUCACAAUCUUUGACUGUACUCUAUUUUUUUCAGUUUAUUAUUUUAAAAAAUAACAAAAAAAUAGAAAAAGAAAAAAAGUGGAAAUGUUAGAAACAAAACAGAACAACUGAUCUGGCCAUGUCCAGCCUGAGUAUCAUUUUUCAAGAUGUGAGGGGGAAAGAAAUAGUAAUACUACUAAUAAAAAAUGGUUUGGGGUUUUCAUUAUAUUUUUUGUCUGAGUUUUUUUCAUUUUCUGUGAGAGGUUUUGGGAGAAUGAGCCAGGACAUAAGUCAAGAAGAAAUCUUGGGGAAAAUAUACUAAAUAAAGACUGUUGCCAUAUAUGAACUCAAGUUCUAUCCACAGUGUUUGCUCUACAUAUCAGGUUGUGUUGUCUCUUGAAUCUGUUGUCUGCAGUAAGUUGUUAACAUAAAAAAAAAAGAUGAGGAAGAGGCAGUGAUGGUGAUCAUGCAGAAAAUGAUGGUCAUUGAAAAUUGGACAACCCCAGAUACUGGCUCUAGUUAUUUCUAAGUAAAGUCAUAAGAGGAUAACAGUUUCUUCUUUGACUAGAAGCCCCUAACCAUGUCUGACUACCAUUUGCUCAACUAUGGGGCAAAAACAACAAAAUCAAAAUCAAACCAAAAGUAGUUAUUUUCAAUUGAGUAGUCCAAGCAAAAAUAAGGGAGCCAUUGUCUGGUUCUUUGGCUGAGGACACUGUAUGAAUGCAAAGAGUAGUGAUCAACUGAAUAAAGUGUUUAGAAAGAUUAUGGAGUUUGUCUUGUGACAAAACAACAUGUCACACAAGCCAAAAAAUGUCACAGAGGAAUUCAAAAUAGGGAUUAUGCUUUUAAAAAAACAAAACCAUGAUGGUAUGUUUCAUAUGUAACAAUUUAAUUUUGUAGAUUGACAUUUCUGAUUCGCUGUCCUUCCAUUUGCCCUAUGCUCCCUAUCCCUUGACUUUUAUAUGAAAGAAGAUAAAUUUAAAAAGUCCUUAUGACACACAGAAAAAAUAAAGGAGCUUAUUAAUAGUAUAAUAUAUAUAUAAAUAAAUAAAUAUAAAUAUAUAUAUAUAUAUACAGACACAGAUAUAUUUAUCAUGGUAUGUUUGAUGGGAUGACUGGAACAGAAAUGCUGUUAAACUCUUAAUAUAGAAUGAGACUGUUGUAAAGAAAAAAUGUUUUUACAAAACAGCAAAAAUCUAAACUUUAAAAAUGUGAACAGAGUGUGCAUUUUAACCUUGUCACAGUUACCUGUGUCAAAAAGAAAAACAAUUUUCAAAUAAGAAUAAUUUUUUGUUUACAUAUUUUACUACAAUUUUUUUUGGCUGGUGUAAUUUCUAGAUGGGUACCCUAAUGUACAUAAAAUGCUCUGAGAUUUCAUUGAGUUGUUGAUUAUAUUCAGUGUACUUAAUUGUCGGAUUGUUUCUUUUCUUUCUUUUUUUAAUCUCUUCCAUUUUUUUAAAGAGCAACUUGCUGUACAGUAAAAAAUAAUCAACUGGUGUUUUCUGGCCACAAAUAUCAUGUGCAAAAAAUAACAAUAAUAAAUAAAAUCAAACAAGAAAGACAGCAAGAUUGAUAGAAACAGGGAAAAAACAUAACUUAGAGGACUCUGGCAAAUAAAAAAAAAUGUACAAUUUUCCUGUGUACAGAUGAAAUCUAAUCAGCUGUUUAGGUUUAGAAAUCUACUCUUGCUGGUGUUUAUAAGUCGCAUGAAUCUUUGAAGACGUGUUAUCUAAUGCACACACGCACAUGGGAACAAUAAAAAGAAGGCAGCCUUCUCAUAUGCUUUGAGAAGAGGCUUACCUGGCUAACAAAUAUUUUUGGUGUGUGUGAGGUUUGUUUUGUUUUCUUUGGUUUAAUUUUUAUUUUAUUUUUUUACACUACAACAGAGAAAGAAAGAGAGAAAGAGAAAGACUGGUUUUUAAAAGAUGUGAAAGAAUGAUUUUCAACAGCCUCACUGGCCAAACAUAUAUGGAGUUGAUUAUAUCUUGAUGUCUGUAAAAGAUUGCUGCUGUUCUUGGAGUCUUGUGAAAUGAUUUUCUGCUUUUUUCUUUUUCUUUAGGAAAACCCACUUUUUUUCUUCUUUCUGUUUGUUUGGGACAGAUUUUGGGGAACAUGUGCAUUUCUGUCUGGACGCUUCUCUCAUUUCACUAUUAUUUUCUGAACAGACCUGUGAAGAUUUUUGUUAACGUUAUUGUGCCGUUAUCUCUCACUUUUGUUUCCUUUCUUGUCUCCAUCCUUUUCUUUUCCCCCAGUUCUUUUCUUUUCA